UAAUCCCUGCUGCCAUAGUGACAUACAGCGAGAGAAGAAAGCGGAUAAAGGACAAAAACAUUUGACUGCGUUUUUCUCUUCAUUUAUCUCAAGAACAAUGGACAAUUCCGGAAAGGAGAAGGAGGCCAUUCAGCUUAUUGCUGAAGCCGAUAAGAAAGUAAAAUGUUCCGGUUCGUUUUUAGCAGGAAUGUUUGGGGGAAAUCACAAAGUGGAAGAGGCCUGUGAGAUGUACGCCAGAGCAGCCAACAUGUUCAAAAUGGCCAAAAACUGGAGUGCUGCAGGGAAUGCAUUCUGUCAGGCAGCCAGACUUCACAUGCAGCUACAGAAUAAACACGAUUCGGCCACAAGCUACAUCGAUGCUGGAAACGCUUUCAAGAAGGCCGAUCCACAGGAGGCUAUCAAGUGCUUAAAUGCAGCCAUUGAUAUUUACACAGACAUGGGGAGAUUCACUAUCGCAGCCAAACAUCAUAUCACAAUUGCAGAGGUGUAUGAGUCAGAGCUUGUGGACAUUGAGAAGGCAAUUGCACAUUAUGAACAAGCUGCCGACUAUUAUAGAGGAGAGGAAUCUAACAGCUCUGCAAACAAAUGUCUGUUAAAGGUGGCUUCAUACAGCGCUCAGUUAGAACAGUACCAGAAGGCAAUAGAGAUUUACGAGCAGGUUGGAAGCAACACCAUGGACAAUCCACUACUGAAAUACAGUGCCAAAGAGUACUUCUUCAAAGCUUCCUUGUGUCACUUUAUCGUGGAUGAGCUAAAUGCGAAGCUUGCUAUUGGAAAGUAUGAGGAGAUGUUUCCAGCCUUCUCAGACUCAAGAGAGUGCAAACUCUUGAAGAAACUUCUAGAGGCCCAUGAAGAACAGAACUUAGAGGCUUUCACAGAAGCAGUAAAGGAGUUUGAUUCCAUCUCGCGCUUGGACCAGUGGCUGACCACCAUGCUUCUGCGGAUCAAGAAGACCAUUCAGGGGGAGGAGGGUGACCUGAAAUGAUUUGUACAGUGGGGAGACCACCCGCUGCAUGGCACCCUCUUCCACACACUUUCAUUUCACAGCAGUUUUGUGCAAUGGCCAAGUCUCCAAAGACAGUUUGUCAAAAUAUAUUGCAGCAACAUUUCCAGACAAUAUAUAAGCCUGUACUCUGUUGAUAUCCAGUUACUAUAUAAUAUAGCACAUAUCAGAAUUUAGCACACCAGUUCUAAGACCUGUUCUCAUUCAGAACCUAGAAAUCUUAUUUCCCUGUCGCUUUAGGAGGGUGUUUCUGGAAACACAGAGUGAAUGAGUUCAGGAGAGUGAAUUACAAGGAUAGUCAUUGGUUUCUUUUGCAACAGCUACUGAAUUGCAAUGUGCUAGAGGUGCAUGAGAUGUACAGAUGUAAUUAUUGAGUCAGUGCAGCAGAAUUAAAUAUAUUAUUUAGACAUAGAAGUUUAUUUUUAUCUGUGCAAUUUUAUAAUUUGAUUUGUUAUUUGGUUUACAGUUGUUGGCCUCAAAAUGCAGUCGUCUACAAUGGGAAUUGAACACGUCUCAUUUUUAUCAUCGUUUAAUAAUGCCAGUUGACAGUUGUGCAGGGGCCGCAAGCACAAUUGAUGUGUGCUGGAGAACUGAAAUUUCCCAGGUCCAAAAUUUAGAAAUGGAAUUUAAAGAAAUCUGAAAUGGAAUUAAAUGUGUCAUACUUAAAACAAAUAUGUAUCCUAAUUUUAUUUAUUUUGGGGUUGUUGGUUUCUUAAAAUUGUAAUUAUUUAAUAAUUCUAUUUAUAUAUUUAUUGUUUGAAUUGUUAUUAUAAAAAUGUAUUUAAGUAUUUUUACACUAUUGAAUGUAAAUCACUUUUCCAUCUGCACAAAAAUUUAGGAGUUUGUAAAAAUCCAUGUUUAACCUUUAUUACCUAACAUGCUUAUGUGUGUGUGGUUUUGUGAAUGCAUGGCUCAUAUUCACUCCCCACUCCUGUGGACUUUAGCAGUGCAUACCAUUCUCUGUGUUUAAGUGUUGUGUGAGAAGCCAUGAAGACUUAGCAAAAAUUUUACUUUAUCACCAAGCAACUGAAGUCUUUGUUGAUUGUUAGAAUGCAGACAAAUAAAAAAUCAGUAUUGAAAUGACUUA